UUAAGUUUCAUUUUUCAAAUCUCACUAUUCUGUAUUCUUUUCUCUUAUAUUUAAUAGAUUGUUAAACAUAGGUUGUAAAUCACCGCUAUUAUGUUGUGGAUCAUUCAUAUCAGCACCGAAAGAUUCUCAAUGGUCUGAACGUAAUUGUUUAUUACUAAAUGCUGUAUUGGGAGCAUAUCAUGCAUUGUAUACACCCCUUGAGGUUCGUGAAAUGCUUCCUGAGAAAUUUCCUAAAGCUAUUCGAUUUGGGGUGAUGGAAGCUAAUGACUCCUUACUAGAUAUCGCUAAAGCUAUUGAAGAAGGACGAACAUUAGCACGAGAUAUUGGUGGUUCGGAUCCUGAACGAAUGGCAGCCCCAAAAAUUGCUGAAUACCUACAGAAUGCUUUAAAUGGUCUUAAAGGUGUUACAGUCACUGUCGAUAAGGUUGAUGCUAAGAAAUACCCAUUAAUGGCAGCGGUAAAUAGAGCAGCAUCAGUUGUACCUCGUCAUGAUGGGAGAGUUGUUCAUAUUGAUUAUAAACCGUCGAAUUCCAAAGAGAUCGAUACAUCAUUAUUUCUUGUCGGUAAAGGGAUCACUUAUGAUACUGGUGGAGCUGAUGUUAAAGCCGGUGGAAUUAUGGCUGGGAUGCAUCGAGAUAAAUGUGGUGCUGCAUCAAUAGCUGGUUUAAUGAAAACUAUUGGAUUACUGCAACCAGACGGUAUAAGUGUUUCAGCAGGUUUGGCAUUUGUGCGAAAUAGUAUUGGAGCUGAAUCAUAUGUUGCCGAUGAAAUAAUCAUUGCACGCUCUGGACAACGUGUACGUAUUGGUAAUACAGAUGCUGAAGGUAGAACGGUUAUGGCUGACUUAUUAUGUGAAGCAAAAGAAAAGGCACUCACAGCUAAGAAUCCAUUUAUAUUUACUAUAGCCACAUUAACUGGACAUUCUAUUCGAGCUUACAAAAACUUCACGGCCUUGAUGGAUAAUGGUCCAGCACGAGUUAAAAAGGUAUCAUAUGAAUUACAAAAUUCUGGUGAUCUAAUCUCUGAUAUUGCCGAGAUUUCUACUAUUCGUAAAGAAGAUUAUGCUAUGAACAAGGCUAAAAGUGAAUAUGAAGACCUGGUACAGUGUAAUAAUCUGGCAAGCAGCGGUACACCACGAGGUCAUCAAAUGCCAGCGGCUUUUUUGGUUGUUGCUAGUGGCUUAAAUAAGCAUGGUCUUGAUGCCAAAGUGCAAAUUCCUUACACUAAUGUAGAUGUAGCCGGUAGUGCAGGUGAAAUUAACGUAAUACCAACUGCUGCUCCUUUAAUGAUGUUUGCAAGACGAUAUAUUUUACCACGAUUAAGUUUUAAGUAACAAUUUGACAAUUAUCCAAUUUCUUCAAUUAUUCUGAAUAUUCUAGUUUAGAUUUAUUCGAAUUUCGUUUAUAUCGCCUUUCUUAUGAUGCAUUAAUAAAUAUUUUUCGGUUUGAUCAUAAAAUUAUGAUUUUUAAUGGUGUAAUUUUUGAAUGGGUAUUUUAUUGUUGAAAAUUGAACAAUGUAAUAAAAUAUUGACAUAUUAGUAA